AUGAACAAUCGCAAGCACAAACGGGGCGGCGAUGGUGCCGCCAACCCCGGCGCCCACGAUGAAUCCAAUACCACUGCACACCAACUCAAGCGACACACGAAUGGUGCCAGCCCCUCGACCUCGAACAGCAGCAGCGAUGGCACCGUCACACCACCCCAGCAGAUCAUUCUCAGCAAAAGCAAGAGACCUGCGCUUAAAGGUCGCGCGAGCUACAGCGUCACUGCUCCCGGCACACCAUGGCACGAGCUCGAUCUGUCCGAGAUCCCCUUUUUGCGCCAUGACAUCGCCGACGUGCCCAUCAAGCGCGGCAUCAUGCGCUAUCGACGUCUCUUCUUUGUCAUUGGUGCUGCAUUGGGCGCCGUCAUCGCCUUUCUCGCCUCGAGAAACCUGCAAAUGGCUCAGCACAUGACGACACUACGUUCGCUGGUGGACGAAUCCUUCGACGGCUUUGGCAUCGAUUUCCCUUCACUCGACAUUGGUAUGCCCAAAGAGUUCGCGGAUAUGGGCGACAAUCUAUUCAGCCGCUCGAGGGAGUGGUUCAAGAACAAGGACUUUGGCGUGGGAAGAGACCUGAGUGCUAGCGGCUACGCUGCCGACCACCCCGUCAUCCUCAUCCCCGGCAUCGUCAGCACCGGUCUCGAGAGCUGGACCACCGACCGAAGCUCAGCCAGCUACUUCCGCAAGCGCCUCUGGGGCACUACCACCAUGAUGCGAACCAUCGUCUUCGAAAAGGACAUGUGGGUGCGUCACCUCUCGCUUGAUCCAGAGAGCGGCCUCGAUCCACCGGGCAUCCGCGUGCGUGCAGCAGAGGGGCUCGACGCCGCCAGCUUCUUCGCCGCUGGCUAUUGGAUCUGGAGCAAGGUCAUCGAGAAUCUGGCGGUACUCGGAUACGACACCAACAACCUCUUCCUCGCCAGCUACGACUGGAGGCUGAGCUACUACAAUCUCGAGGUUCGCGACCACUAUUUCACGCGACUCAAGCUCAAGAUCGAACAGAACAAGAGGCUGUUCGGCAAGAAGACGGUCAUCGUCGCGCAUUCUAUGGGUAGUUCAGUGUUCUACUACUUCAUGAAGUGGGCCGAAGCCGAAGGCGAGUUUUACGGGAAUGGCGGGCCGAGCUGGGUGGAAGAUCACAUCGAGGCGUUUACUUCGAUCGCGGGUACGUUCCUCGGCGUGCCCAAGGCUAUGGCCGUCAUGCUCUCCGGCGAAAUGAGGGACACGGUCGAAGUGCCCCCCGCAGCAGCCUACCUGCUGGAAAAGUUCUUCAGCCGACGCGAGCGCGCCAAGCUCUUCCGCACCUGGGCCGGCGGUGCCAGCAUGCUCAUCAAGGGCGGCGAGGAUGUGUGGGGCAAUGCCACCUGGGCACCGGACGACGAGGAAGGCGCCGAAGACACCCACGGCCAUAUCUACAGCUUCCGCCACCCCGACGCGCACCAGCACGAUCUCAACGAGCACACGGUCAAGACCAACCUGACCGCCACCGACGCGCACCUGUUCAUGCUCCAACACGCGCCCUCGUCGUUCCAGAAGAUGCUUGCAAGCAACUACUCACACGGCAUCGAGCGCGACGUGGACAAGCUUCGAGAGAACAAUGCCGACCACACCAAGUGGAGCAACCCGCUCGAAGCACCGCUGCCCAACGCACCCAGCAUGAAGCUCUACUGCAUCUACGGCGUCGGCAAACCGACCGAGCGCUCAUACUGGUAUCAGCAGGGAGAGUUUGUCACUGAAGCCUCGAUCGGCGAGCAGCUCGACGAACCCGGAUGCUUCGGACAAGAAUGCCCGGAUGUAUCUCGUACGCCUGCGCUCGAUUUCCCGACGGCACGGCUUAGCUGGAUCGACCACGUGGUGCAGAAGGAGGAUGCGCUACCCAAGGUGCGGGCCGGUUGCAAGAUGGGCGAGGGCGAUGGCACAGUUUCUCUGCUUUCGUUGGGUGCCAUGUGUGCCGAGGGCUGGAAGCAUCCACACUGGAAUCCGGCCAAUAUCAGCGUGGUUACACACGAGCUCAAGCAUGAGCCCGAGGCGAUGGACUUGAGAGGCGGCGAGUCGACGGGCGAUCACGUCGACAUCCUGGGCGCGAGGGGCGUCAAUGAAGCCAUCCUCAAGAUCGCCGCAGGCAGGGGUGACGAGGUGGGAGACCAGUUCUUUUCGGACAUUCGCAAGUAUGCAAAGAACGUCAAGUGGCUAGAGGGCACCGAAUCCGGUCCGUAG